UUUAAGAUAGGUGAUCUAGUUUUGUUGUGUUUAGAUGAACCCCAUGAUCAAUAUGUUGUAUUUACUGUUAGAACUACUCUACAUUUCCUACACAGUGAUUGUCUGGAAAUACUUGGACUGAAAACAGCCCCUGGUGAACCUAGAAAAUCCUGGGUUUUAGCUGAAAUAACUGAUAAAGAGUACUGCCAAGCUAAGAAGCCUCAAAAUAGAUUUAAAGUUGCAGUUGGUACUAAAUUUUAUAGGGUCAAGGCCAUUCCUUGGUCACGU